AUGGCUCCAGAAGGUGAGCAGAAGAUAGCCGUUGAGGUGAAAAGUGCUGGCCAGGAUAGCGGCACUUCUGCCCCGACUGCUCUGGAUGACUUAGAAGCACACACCAACGACGAUAAUGUCCUAGACAAGGCCAUCGGUACCAUUGAGGAUGUGUACACCAUUGACAGUGACAACUCGCCCUUCCCAGAAGUACGAGCUAAUGUGCCCAAUACCGAUGACCAAUCGACCCCGGUCAACACUUUGCGUAUGUGGUUGGUGGGCAUCAUUUUCACUAUUGUCGGUACUGGAAUCAACCAGUUCUUCAGCAUGCGUUAUCCUUCUGUUACUAUCUCCUCGCUUGUGGCUCAAUUGAUCGCUUUCCCCGUGGGUACUGGCCUCGCAUGGAUCCUUCCUGUGAAGACGGUGAAAUUGUUCGGCCGAUGGGACGUAACCAUAAAUCCAGACCAUCACUUCAACAUCAAGGAGCAUUGUGUUGUCACCAUCAUGUCGAAUUUAGCCUUCGGGCCAUCCUGGGCGACAGACAUUAUCCAGGCCCAAGUAUCCCCGACAUUCUUCAAUUUGAAGCAGCCUGUUUCAUACCAGUUCCUCCUCGGUCUAACUAUGCAGCUUUUCGGCCUGGGCAUGGCUGGCCUCUCUUAUCGAUUCAUCGUUGAGCCUCCUCAGAUGAUUUGGCCAUCUACCUUAGCCAAUGCUGCGCUGUUUCAGACUCUGCAUUCAAGAGUUAAUCCUUCUGCUGAUGGGUGGAGGAUUUCGAGAUACCGUUUCUUUACCAUUGUCUUUUUAGGGGCAUUCUGCUGGUAUUGGCUCCCUGGCUUCCUCUUCACGGCCUUGAGUACCUUUGCCUUUAUCUGCUGGGCUGCCCCAAACAACACCGUAGUCAAUAACCUGUUUGGCAUGACAACUGGUCUCGCUUACCUGCCUAUCACUUUCGACUGGUCACAAAUUGCCUACAAUGGGUCUCCUUUAGUAGUUCCCUUCUGGGCGCAGGCCAAUGUCUUUGCUGGCUGGAUCGUCAUAUUUGCUCUCACCACUCCAAUCCUUUACUAUACGAAUACGUGGUACACAGCAUACCUCCCCUUUUCCGGAAGCUCCACAUAUGACAACACCGGCGAACUAUACAAUGCGACUCGCAUUGUUGACAAACACGGAAACUUUUUGGAAGAGGAGUAUAAGGCUUAUAGUCCCAUCUUCAUGCCUGUAACGUUCGCGCUCUCGUACGGAUGUUCCUUUGCAGUCAUGACCUGUGUGCCUACUUUCAUCUUCCUGAAUUAUUGGCGGGACAUCCUCGGAGCGUUCAAACCUGAUCGGAAGAAAGACAUUCACGUACGCCUUAUUGAGCGAUACAAGGAUGUGCCUUGGUGGUGGUACGGCGUGCUGACAGUCAUUGUCCUUUCCCUCACCAUCAUGGUGCAGGAAGUAUAUCAUACGGAGAUGCCCGUCUGGGGCGUAUUCCUCGCCUUCGGCAUGGCUUUACUCUAUCUUAUUCCCACAGGAUCCGUGUUUGCAGUGGCAAACCUCAACAGCAACGUCUUGACGGUUCUGGGAGAAAUUAUCUCCGGGUAUCUUAUCCCAGGAAAGCCUAUAGUGCUCCUCAUUUUCAAGUUCUACGCAUACACCGGCCUUAGUCAGGCAAUGCUCUUCGCAAGUGAUAUGAAACUGGGUCUCUACCUCAAGAUCCCCCGCCGCACACUCUUCAUCGCGCAAUUGACGGCGUGCAUUGUUGGCUCAUUGACACAGAAUGCAGUGCUACUUUGGAUGCUUCAUCACGUACGCGACAUCUGCAGUCCGGAGCAGUCGAAUGGAUACACAUGCCCUCAGGGAACAGUCAAUUUCUCGUCUAGUGUUAUCUGGGGUGCUAUCGGUCCGGCAAGGCUGUAUAGUGUAGGCAAGAUGUAUUCGGGACUGCUGCACUUGUUCUGGAUAGGAGCCUUGUUGCCCAUAGUCACAUUUUUUGCCAAAAGAAGAUGGCCCGAUAACAAGCUUUUGCGCAAUAUGCAUUGGCCGAUUUUCUUCGCGGGCACGGGAAACGUUCCUCCCGCGACGGGAAUAAACUAUACAUCUGCAUUUGCAAUCUCCUUCAUCUUUAAUAAGUGGAUCAAGAACAAAUAUGCCCACUGGUGGGCCAAAUACAACUAUGUCCUCUCCGCUGCAUUAGAUUCCGGCCUCGCUGUCUCUGCAGUCAUCAUUUUCUUUGCAGUCAUAUUCCCAGGCGUAUCGGUCAGUUGGUGGGGAAACAAUGUGCAAAGCACGACGAUUGAUGGUAAAGGGACCCCAUGGAAGCCGAUUCCUGCCAAUGGAACAUUCGGACCUUCGACCUGGUCAUAAUUCGUGAUUUGGGCUUGAUCCUUGGCUAUCCUCUUACUGCUGCAUUGUACGUUUGAGUGGCGUGAACGAGGGAAAGUCUAUAUUUAAUGAGUUCGGAAUUAUAUUAGUGCUAUAAGAAAAUGGUAUAACCAUCAUUUACUUUU